AGAUAUAUUCUUUAUCCUUAGGAGUAGAUAGUCGGUGUAUAGUGCAGUUAGGAAAUACGAGGACUAUUCUUUAGUAUAAGAAACAAUCAUUUGUCAGGUGAAAAUAUAGUGCAGGUCAUUCGGGUGACCCACAAUCCACUCAUCACCAAUUUGAAUAAGUGCAGGUAAGAGAUUUACCAAUCCACAAUCCACCCACCCACUAUGGUUUGAUUUAUUUGAGGGUGGAUCGAUGUCAAACCGCGGAUUAACCACCCACGUGCCACCUCUGCUUUUGGCCACAGAGGGAACAUAUAUACAUCACCCGUCAUCACUAGUCUAUAUAAGCUAAAUCACUAAUCUAUUGUUAACAGUAUAUUAUGAAAGAGAGCUUGGUGCUAGGUUGAACGACACUGUUUUGUUCUCUACCAUUCACUUGUUGCGUGGACAGGUGACUUCGGAUCAAUAGUAUGAUAGCGUCGAGCAUGGUUUGAAUCUUCAUUUCGUCAUCGGCUUCAUCUUCUAUGCUACGUCCCUCAAGUUAAGCAUACAUAUUUUGUAUGUUCAGCUUAGAUCACAAGUAUUGAAGUCUGAAUUUGCUCAGCCCAUUUGUAAAUAAGCCUACAAUUUGAUCCUUUAUAUUAAGGUGGUUGAGUGAAAUUAUCUAGGACCGAAGAUAUUGACGAAAUGCAUGACAGUCGAUUCAAUUGCUUUGAUUUUUCAUCAAACACUAGAUUUUUAAUAAUAUAUAUAGUUGAUCGAUUGUUACACAAGAGCUCCGCAUGUUGCAAAUGUUCAAUAUUAAGUUCCUGUAGAUGCCUCUUAGCUCGAACUACUUCACGCAUAUGUUGAGUAAGGGCCCUGUACUUUACCUCCGAGGAGGAAUAAGACAUUGUUCCUUGUUUCUUAGAUUUGUAAACGAUGAGAAACUUUCCUAACAAAAUGUAAUAGGCAGUAGUGGUGGCAAUUAAACUCGCGAUAGUGGGUACCCGACAGUCCAUGAUCCUAUCAAUGCAAGGAAUUCCCACACUGACUGGGUAUGAGGUGGACAUGAGUAAAACCCUUAAAAAAAUUUAUUGGGAUGGAGCGGAUGUGGUAUUAAGUCCUCGUCCUAUACUCAUAUUCAUACUCACCCCACAAAGAAUAUCUCUACACUAAGUAUAUCAUACUCCAAGUGAUAUGGUAGUUUGAGAACUGCAAUGGCAGGAAGAUCAUCACCCGCAAGGAUGAUAUUGUGUGUUUAAUUAAAGCUCAAGAUAGUAGAGAUAAGCUUGGAAAACCAUUGUCGAGAUGCAUGUUUCGGCCCAUAAAGUGACUUAUUUCCUAACCAGGAGGAAGAUCCAUAUAAACUUAUUCAUGGACAUCCCCAUUGAGAAAGGCAAUGCCCACAUCAAGCGGAAACAAAUUGUCAUAGUUACUGCCACAACAAGAAGUGUUUUAACCGAGUUUAAUUUUGCAACAAGAGAAUAGAUAUAAAAUAAAUCAAUACCAUAAAUUUGAAUGAAACCCUUAGCCACAAACCUCUCUUUAUGCAGUUCAAUACAUCCAUCUAGAUUAAGUUUUAUCUUGAACAUCCAUUUGUUCCCAAUGGUAUGUCUGUGGGUUGGUUUAAGGACUAGUUUCAUUCCAAGACUCUUCCUCUAUAAGUACACUCUAAUUCAUUGUGUUGGUGGAGCGUGAUGCCAACAAAAGAGGAGCUAUUGGAGUUUGACCUUGCCACGGAAGUGAGUAGAGGGCCCAUGAAAGUGAAGUUCGAAAAGUUGGACCAGCACAAGAAGGUCAACGCAAGAGGUACAAGUCGAGUAGUAGAGCAAGAUUGGAAGAAAAGAAAGCGCAAGAAAUGGAGGAUCAAAUGCGCGGGUUGCACAAACGAGUUGGUCAACCUUGAGGGCAAGGUUGGUUCUCAAGGGGGAGGGGAUGAUGGAAACCUACUUUUUAGGUUUAACCAUAAUUAUCAAUAUUAAUAUUAUUAGGAUUUAUCUAGUUAUGGUUAUUAGUCUUUGAGCCAUAUUAGGAUGGUCUAUUAGGUUUUUCUAGUCUUUCGCUAUAAAUAUGUAAUUGGUCUUUCAUUCAUAAGCAGUCAAGAAGAAUAUUAAGAAACAAUCUCCCAAACCCUAUUCUCCCAAUCCUCUUUAUUCUUGUUCCCAAUCCAUCUAAAGGUCUAGACCGAUUAUCUAUCUUUCUCUUCUCAAAUCCCUAAUUAUGUUAUUAAUCCCUAAAUCCCCAAUUCCCGAUAGGAACCCUAAUCUCAGGUUCUAUCAUUUGAUUGUUUUUUUAAGUAAUAUUGUCCCAUGAUCAAUAGGAUUUAGAUUUAAAUGGUUUGGUUAUGGUAUUCAUAACCAUUUACACACCCCUACACAACCAUACUCGAAAAGUUUUUAUAUGCCAAGAAAUAGAUCCACUAAUAAAGUUUAUAGACUCGG